AUGGAUUCCACCAAUAUUAUCAUCCCAUUUGAUUUUCCAUUUGCUAUUUUGGAACAUCGUAAUAAUCCUGAUCCGAAUAAUAAACUUGUUUAUGCCGUUGCUGAUGGUCAAUAUACUUAUGGACCACUUUCAUUAUUUCAAUAUCAUAAUGAUGAAAAAUAUUCUAAAACAAUUCGUGAUGAAAAAUUACCAGCAUCAUUAUCAUGCAAAGAAUUUUAUAUAGUUGAAUCUGAUGUUUCAACUGAUGAUGCAAUUGAAAUAAAUGAUAAUAAUCGAGGUCGUAUUUAUGUUAAAGAAAUUGAUCAUGAAUCACCAGAAAUUCAAAUCAAAGGACUUUUACAAGAAAUGAUUGAAUGUAAAAAUGAACUUCGAAGUCUUAAAUCAAUUGUUUUAUCGGAAGACCGAAUUACACAACAAUCAUCUUCAAAUAUUAAUAAUUGUUCAUUAAAUACGAGCUAUCAAUCUGCUAAUGGUGAUUUAUUAACACCAUUACGUAAUAAAAAACAAAUCCAAUCAACUAUAGUUCAACGAAGUGUUUCAACAAUCGUUAAGAAAAAUGUUAAUACACCACCUCGAAGUCAAUCAGUAACAACAACAAGAAUUCUUUUAAAAAAUGUUAAAUCAUCUGGUUAUGGACAAUAUCAAUCACCAUCAACAAAACGAUCAUUAUCUACUUUCGGUACACCAGAACGUUCGUUUCAUAAAUAA